UCUUAUUUUGUAGACUAAACGACGUUGGCUCUAUGCACCGCAGUUCUGCGAUGUUAUGAAACUGCGCUCCGCUGUCACGUGUCCACAGAUGAGGGGACAGAUGCUGACGUCGACAUUUUCAAUGGGAAGACAGUGAAAGGUCCUUGUGUGGAACCGCCAAAAAUUUCCAUCAUGCAGUUGGAGGCUCAGCUGCGUCUGUGCCAGAGUUGUUUUUGGUGUUGCAAGAGUGGACUGCGGCUGUUCUCCCAGAGCUAUACGCAAAGAAAAGCUGCAACCUACUACGACCUCCUGGGAGUCAAAUCUGAUGCCACGUUGGAGGAAAUCAAAAAUGCGUUUUUUGACAAAUCCAAGAAGCUACAUCCAGACAGCAACCCGUCAAACCCGGCACUGCACAGCCAGUUUGUGCAGCUGAACGAGGCCUACAGGGUGCUGAGCAAAGAUCUGAGUAGGAAGGAGUACGACUUCAAAAUACGACAGCCGUAUGGUGGUGCUCAAGUCUUCAGAUCUGCCUCCACUGACCCCAGCUACAGAGGCAGCAUGGACGCCUAUGAGAACAUCCGUUACUGGGAGCAGGUUCGUCACCCUCACGCUCCGGAGAUGAUGGCCGAGGAGAAGCAGAAGAGGAGGAGGAGGAACUUCCGCCUGGUGGCGUAUUGUGUCGUCGCUAUGAUGCUCAGCAUAGGAGCCCACGCCGUCCUCUUCAAGAAACUGGAAGAAGUUCACACUAACUUCAUGGAUGAGAAAGACCGAAUCAUCAUAGAAAUUUACAAUGAAGCCAAAGAGAGGGCGAGGGUCAAUGGUUUUAAGAAACAGACGGAAAUCCUGCGUCAGAAGCACGCCGAGUUUAAAGAGAAAUACAAACGCACCGACGUUGGAGACGACAAGUAGCAGAUCCUUCAGCUGUGCUCGGUGAUGCCAGCAGGCGGACCAAGCUGGCUGUUUGUUAGUUUUAAGAUUAUAAAGUUUUAUUUUCUGACCUUUUUAAACAUGUUUCCACGCCUGUUUCUGCCCUCAGAUGUGAUCCUGAAAUCUGCAGGGAGUGGGUGUGGUUCAGGGGGAGGGUUCAUCUGGUCAAAGAUGCUGACCAGGAUAAGCUUUUAUAUUUUAUGGGACUCGUUUGUUCCCAAACCUGUUCACGGUUUGUCCACAGGAGCCGUAAUGAGCUCUAUCAAACUGCCCCUAAUGGAGUCUCAGGAACAUGCUGUUUGCUGUUUAUGGUUCUCAGCCUCAUUUCUGUUACAGCUGUGCAGCAUCUGGAACUCACAUGUGACAGUGAAUAUUGCAACAUGACAGCUGAUCAAGUUGUGAAGAGAGAGACUCUUAUUUCACCAAUGUUUCAUGUUGUUUUAAAAGAAAAUGUCUUUGAGCGCACAAGUGUGGACGUUGCUGUUUAAAUUGGUUCACACCUGAUAUAUAUUCACAGGUGUUUGAUUUUUGGACUUUCUGCACUUCCUGCCAACAAAUAUUGAUUUGUUUGACACAGAAAAUCUGGAGAAAAAAGUGCCACUGAGUAAGUUAUUUAUUGCAAACUGUUGUAAUAUUAUGGAGAAAUGCAUUUAAAGGAAAGAUCACACAGAUAAAGUGAGCCAACAUUUACCAUUUUGGCCUUUCAGUCUUUAUAUAUUAUAUUGUUUUAUGUUUUUGCUGCCUUAUCGAGUCCCUCUUGGGACAUCUGAGAGAAAGCAUUAAAAGACCUCAUUAACCGUC